CCGGAAGUUGAGCAUCAUCUACUCGUGCAGGAAGAGACGCAUCAUCGUCAGAGCUUUGUCAACAACGGGGACAGUGGCAAAACAUCGGCCUGUCCGGCAGAAAUUACUUCUUUUUAGCAAGUGGAAUUCAUAUGAAACUGACAAAUGAAGUGACCAACAGGACACAAUGUCAUCGUUCCAGGUGGUGGACUCGUCGCCAGGCAGCAGCGUCAGCGUCAUGGAAACGUCCAACUUUGCCCAUGUCAUCUUCCAGAACGUGGAGAAGAGUUUCCUGCCCCAGGCGCCCCUGGAGUGUCGCUACACCCUGACCCCUUACAUCACUCCCCACCCUAAAGACUGGGUGGGCAUCUUCAAGGUUGGUUGGAGCACAGCCAGAGAUUACUACACCUUCCUUUGGUCUCCUAUGCCUGAAAACUACGAACCAGGAAGUACUGUGCACAGGACUGUGGUGUUUCAAGGUUAUUAUGUUCCCAAAUCUGAUGGAGAGUUCUACCAGUUUUGUUAUGUCACACAUGUUGGUGACAUCAGAGGAGCAAGUACACCUUUCCAGUUCAGGUCAGCCACACCCACAGAAGAGCUUCUGACUGUUACAGAGGACGACAGCAACUCAGACAUACUGGUCGUCACCACCAAGACUGGCCUUUUAGAGCAACACGUGGAGGAGGCGCAGCAGGAGCGCAGGGAGCUGCUGAAGGCUAUGCGUGUCCUCCAGGAGGAGAAACAGCAGCUGCAGGAGGAGCAGAAACGACUGACCAGGGAGAGGGAGCAGGAGAGGGAGACGUGCUGCCUGCUCCGGACACACAACCAGGAGCUGCUGCGCUCGUCGCAGGGCCUGUCAGAAGAGAGGGAGGACGUGAGGAGGAGGCUGACAGAGGCCACGGACCGGGUGCGCCAGCUGGAGGAGGACCUGCUGGGAGUCACCCAGAGAGGCCUGCAAAAGGAGACGGAGCUCGACUGUCUGCGUGACCGCCUGAAGAAGCUGACAGUAGAGAGAGAUAGCCUGGAGAGCCAGCUGAAGAAUGAGAAGGAUGAGAGAGACCUCUACAAGGCCCACUUGCGCAGCACCGAGCUGGAGAACACUAAGCUGAGUGCAGAGCUGCAGAUGCUGAAGGCGGUGGAGCUGAACCGGGAGGUGACCAUCGCCCAAUUCCAGGAGGAGCUGGACAGGCUCAGGCUCUGCGUUGCCCAACGGGACAGCCUGGAGAAAGAAUUGCUGGCACACAAAGCUGAUAAGGCAGAUCUGGUCCGUGUGCGUGAGCAGCUCCGUCAGGCAGAGGAGCAGCUCCAGGCGUCCAGGCAGCAGGCCGCCCUGCUGGCCUCGGAGCUCCGCGACUCAGCCAGCGCCCGUGACCACACGAUGACAGAGCUGUACCGCGCCCGCUUGGAAGCUGACAAGCUCCGUGCAAGUCUAGCUGAUGCUCAGGCUGAGUGCCAACGCAUGGAGAGCCAACUCGACCGCAUGAGGAGCACUGCACAGAAGGAAGUGGGUGUUGGGACCAGCGGGGAGAUGACGCCAAGCAUGAUGGUUGUGUCAGAGGCAGAGGCCGAGCUGCAGAGGGAGGUGGAGGAGCUGAAGCUGCGUCUUCACAUGGCUGCUGAGCACUACAAGGAGAAGUACCGGGAGUGUCAGCGACUCCGCAGGCAGGUGGCCAAACUGAACACAACGGAGUCACAGGGGGAGCCAAAGAGAAAUGCAUCUACUGAGACAACACAGGAGCCGCUGACCCCGAGUCCAGAGUCACCAACGGCAGGGAAUAUAGCUGCUGCAGUCCUACAAGAAGCUGCUGAAAUGACAAUCACUCCAGAACUUGACAAAAGGGAAUAUACUGAUUUAUACAACAGCACAGAGAGGGAAGAAAGACCGAAAGAGAACAUGCCAAAGGAAAGGGCCAAGACGGAGGCUGAGAAGGAAGAAAAUCACAGGGAGGACAGGGAGAAAGAAGAAAAGGAGGAGAAGAAGGACAGCCUGCCGGAGGAGAGCCUGAGGAUGACGAGCUGGGUGGAAGUAGAGAACGAGAGGCAGAGCGCCGAAGAGAGCAGCGAGGCAGAAAUGGCAGGGAAGGCAGAGGAAGCGAGGGAUGUCGUGGAGCACCAGGUGCUGCUGGAGUUAGAGGUGGAGGGGAGGAGCAUGGGGGAGGCGGAGAAGGCACAGACCUGCUCAGUGGAGGAGGAGCUGGCGAUGAUGGAGGAGAAGUGGAGGCAGCAGUGUGCCAUCAACGAGACGCUCAAACAGCGGCUGGCUAAUGAGGAGGAACGGUUCAGAGUGCACAUGGCAGAGCGAGCCAGCGAGGUGACAGAGCUGAAGCGUAACCUCGCCCAGGCCCUCAGAGACAAGGAGCAACUACAGGAGGAGCUGCAGCGCUUCCAGGCGAGGCAGAGGGAGCAGGAAGCUGGUGUUCAGGGUGCUGAGAUCAGGCAGCCCAUGGUGCUGCGCUACCCCCUGCCAUACCCUCAGGACCCCUCUCCUCCGCCACUGGUUCCACACAGGCCUGCUGAGUUGCAAUACGGCAACCCCUACUCCACUGACACCAUGAGAGACCGGGUGGAUGUUGCGCUGUCUCCUGAGCACAUGUCCCGCCCACCGCCUGAGGCCCCGUCCUGCGCACCUCCCUGCGCACCCCCAAUCACACCCCCGAGCCCGGGCCCCGGGGCGCCAGGCUGGGAGCAAGAGGUGGUCUGCUGCCAGCCGUCCCGCAGCACCAGCCCCCCUGAGAGCCUGGAGCAUCCACCAGAGGAGGCACGAAAUGCUGCUGAUGGGGCUCAGCCGUCCUGUGAUCAUCAGCCCAGUAGACGUGGAGAUGCUAGGGGCAGCUUCUGCUUUGACUCCAGUAGUGACGUUCACAAGCGCUGCCCGCUAUGCGAGGUGAUCUUCCCGCCGCACUUUGAGCAGCGCAGCUUCGAGCAGCAUGUGGAGAGCCACUGGAAGGUCUGCCCCGUGUGCUCCGAGCAGUUCCCUCUCAACUGUCAGCAGCAGCUCUUUGAGAGGCACGUCCUCACGCACUUUGACGGCCACGUGCUCAACUUCGAGCAGAUCGAAUGAAGGGGUUUAAAGGGCAAAUCUAGAAUUCUGACAAAAUGGUGUGAGAAAUUGCGUGUCGUCGGUUAUAAGUUCAUUUCGAUUGGGUUAAAUGGUCUUGUUAAUAAACAAUCAUUCGCACUUUUUUGCAAUCUUAACAAAGGUUAGAAAGAAUGUAGUCCAGGAAGUUUUUCCUGUGGCGGCUACUCCACCAAGUUGUUAUGUCAAGUAGGGUAGCUUUCACUUUAUUGCACCAUGACUAAAAGGGUCAUUAACACUCGGGAUAAGUGCCAUGGUCCCUUUACUUUUCUAUCAUUUUAAUGCUCAUCUUCCUGCUUCAAGGGACUAAAGCACUAUUGGUAGUGCAUGCAUUUAUUCAGUGUUCAAAACUGCAAAAUCACAGCUGUUCAAGCUAAAAUAGGGAAUUGUAGCAGGAGCUUGAACCAGGGCUUUGAAGGGAAAGAAUUUCAGUACGUCAAUGUCCCUGUUCUUUAACCACCCUGAAUAUUAUUUAGGAUUCUCAUGUGAUAAAGCAACCAAGACAUCUUCAUACUUUAUUGUCCACAUGAUUCAAAGCUUGGAAAGGCAGGAGUAAGAGUAUUUCAAGUGUAAAUGCAGAGUGAGGUCUGAAUAUGUGAUGUCUUAAAGAAUCACCUGAGUGUGUAAAUUUAAUUGAAGAGCGGUGUGGUGGAGAUUUUUUUGACUUGAAUGGGAAGGGAUUUCUCCCAAAAAUGACAGUACUACUGUACGUGUAAGACGUCAGAUGGUUGAAACAAAAACAGCACUACGUUUUCAUGUAUCUGCACUAAAUAAGGCUUUAUUCUGAAUGUACUGUACAUAUGAAAAUAAGUAUAAGUUGUGGAGAGACCUGUGAAUUACUGUCGUGACCAUCAUUGUUAAUUCCUUCAUGUUUUAGUGAUGAAAGAAUGACGGAGCAAUGUUUUACUAUGGUCAGGUGGUAAGAAACUGGGCUGGUCUCCUUACUGGUCACAUUUUAGGCAAACAGACUGCAGGACACUGAGUUACAGACACUUUUAUUGUUACGUACUUCCACGUUUUAAAGUUAAAACUGUGAAGAAAAAAAUCAUUGCUUUCUGUGGUCCAAAUCAUGAGUGAGUGUCAUUUCUAUGUGCGUCUCCACGGGGCUCCACAUCACCGCUUGUCUAUUUUCUGUCAUUACCAAGUGGCCCCUGACAGUGUUGUAUUCAGGCUUUAAAAAUUGCACAUGCCCAGUAAUCACAAGGCAAAUGUGUGUGUAUGUCAUGUGUCCGAUGCAGCCCUCUUCAUGUGAGAAUGUCAGGACAGUGGUUUAAGUGUGUACUGCAAAAGAUCUUUAUGAAUAAAGUAAGCUUGUCUUAAUGCA